CGCGAGCAUAUGCUCAGACGGAUUCCAGUAGACGGCGGAUAUGGUGAGCAGCAGCAAAGCUCUCCAGCGGAGGAGUGCUCGAGAAUGGCGCCACCGACCUCGUCUUCGCCGCGCAAGCUCGAGAUCGUUAAUCCGGUGCCGGCGGACAUCGACAUUGCGCAGUCGGUCGAUCCGCUGCCCAUUGCCUCCAUCGCGCAGGACUUAGGUUUGUCGCCCCACGAGUUCCAGCUCUACGGCCCCUCCAAGGCCAAGGUGCUCUUGCCCGUCCGGGAUCGCCUCAAGAACCAUCCCGAUGGAUUCUACGUCGUGGUGGCCGGGAUUACGCCGACGCCGCUGGGAGAGGGCAAAUCGACCACCACUGUUGGGCUCGGGCAAGCCAUGGGGGCUCAUCUCGGAAAGAAGGUUGUGGCUUGCCUACGCCAACCAAGCCAAGGCCCGACGUUUGGGAUCAAAGGUGGAGCUGCCGGAGGAGGAUACAGUCAAGUGAUUCCGAUGGAGGAGUUUAAUCUCCAUCUCACUGGCGACAUACACGCGAUCACCGCAGCCAACAAUCUACUUGCGGCCGCCAUCGACGCUCGGAUGUUCCACGAGAACACCCAGUCGGACAAGGCUCUGUUCAACAGGCUGUGUCCCGCGGACAAGGAAGGGAAGAGAAGCUUUGCGAAGGUGAUGUACACUCGCUUGAAGAAGCUCGGCAUCGAGAAGACGGAUCCAAACCAGCUCACGGCAGAAGAGACGAAGAAGUUCGCGAGACUGGACAUUGAUCCCGCCACUAUCACCUGGAAGAGAGUGAUGGACGUGAACGACAGGUUUCUUAGGAAGAUCACGGUUGGACAGGGGCCGGAGGAGAAGGGGAUGACCAGAGAGACUGGCUUCGACAUCUCCGUGGCCAGUGAGAUCAUGGCGGUCCUCGCAUUGACAACUUCGCUGGCGGACAUGCGUUCCAGACUGGGAAAGAUGGUGAUCGGAUCGAGCAAAGCCGGCGAUCCCGUCACGGCUGACGAUCUGGGAGUCGGAGGGGCAUUGACAGUUCUCAUGAAGGACGCGAUCCAUCCAACUCUGAUGCAAACGCUGGAGGGAACUCCAGUCUUCGUUCACGCCGGACCGUUUGCCAACAUUGCUCACGGGAACUCGUCCAUCGUUGCCGACCAGAUUGCUCUCAAGCUCGUUGGUCCGGAAGGCUUUGUGAUAACUGAGGCAGGCUUUGGAGCUGAUAUCGGGUGUGAGAAGUUCAUGGAUAUCAAGUGUAGAUACAGCGGGCUGAGACCUCAGUGCGCGGUCAUUGUGGCGACUGUCCGAGCUCUCAAGAUGCAUGGUGGAGGUCCAGCCGUUGUUGCUGGCAAGCCUCUUGAUGCGGCCUACAAAAGUGAGAACUUGGAGCUGGUUCGAGCGGGGUGCUCCAAUCUGGUGAAGCACAUCGAGAACACGAGAUCUUACGGUGUCAACGUGGUGGUCGGGAUCAACGUGUUCGCCACUGACACCGAAGCCGAGCUUGCCGCGGUGAAGUCGAUCGCUUUGGACGCGGGUGCCUUCGACGCGGUUCUGUGCACGCACUACGCGAGUGGUGGCGAGGGAGCUGUGGAGCUCGGGUAUGCUGUGCAAAGAGCCUGCGAACGACACAGCGCGCCUCUAAAGUUCCUGUACCCGCUGGAGCUGAGCAUCAAGGAGAAGAUCGAGGCGAUUGCGAAGUUCUACGGUGCCGACAAUGUGGAGUACGAGUCAGAAGCAGAAGCAAAGAUCGAGCUCUACACGAGACAAGGCUUCUCGCAACUUCCCAUUUGCAUGGCGAAGACGCAGUACUCGUUCUCGCACGAUCCAUCGCUCAAGGGAGUUCCAAAGGGAUUCACGCUGCCCAUCCGAGACGUGCGCGCGAGCGUGGGUGCCGGUUUUAUAUACCCGCUGGUUGGGGCCAUGAGCACCAUGCCUGGCUUGCCGACCAGGCCGUGCUUCUACGACAUUGAUUUGGACAUUGAAAGUGGGAAGGUUUUGGGAUUGUCGUGACAGGAAGACUGUGAAAAAAGAAAACCAAGCAAAAAACUAAUAACAUGAGAAAAAAGAACUUUGAAGAAUGGCCAUUUCUGUUUAAAUGCCAUUAACUAUGUUUUAAUCUCUAAAUGAUAUAGCACCAAAGGAUUAAAACA